CCUAUUGCGGGCAAGCGCUUCAGCCGGCUCCCGGAGCCGGAAGGAUUUGGCCUGUUUCGAGCCCUAUUUUGCGGGAGGUGACCGGCGGGGCUCGGACUUCGGUUUCGGAUACUUCACCGCCUGGGCAAGGGGAGCAGCAGGAAGCGCUGCUGGCGGGCGGGGACAGCGCGAAGGAGAACGGCGCGCCCCGGAGAGGUGCAAGGGACGGGUCCGUCCUUCGCUACAGCAUUCAGAAUGUCUUCUCCAGCUCUGCUCAUGCGUGUGGUUGCCUCUGCGUAUUCGGUUGCAGAGAAAGCUGCAACAAUUGUUAGAAAUGUAAUGGCUGCAGGAGAUCUGGGGAUAGUAGACAAGACCGGGGACAACGACUUGCAGACCAAAGCUGACCGACUGGUACAAAUGAGCAUUUGUGCUUCCCUGGCACAGAAGUUUCCCAAGGUGACAAUCAUAGGAGAAGAAGAACUGUCCACUGAGGAGGUAACUGAAGAAUUAAUUGAAGAUGGCCACUGUGAAGAAAUACUGAAGAAAACUUGCCCUGCUCAGUAUGCAGGAAUUAAAGAGGAAGAGCUUGUAAUAUGGGUUGAUCCCUUGGAUGGAACCAAGGAGUACACCGAAGGUCUCCUUGAUCAUGUAACGGUUCUUAUUGGAAUUGCUUAUGAAGGCAAAGCAAUAGCAGGAGUUAUUAACCAGCCAUAUUACAACUAUGAGGCAGGAGCUGGUGCUGUGUUGGGCAGGACAAUCUGGGGAGUCUUGGGCAUAGGUGCCUUUGGAUUUCAGCUCACAGAAGCACCUGCUGGGAAACACAUCGUUGUUACCACCCGUUCUCACAGCAGUACCCUGGUAAAUGACUGCAUCAGUGCCUUGAACCCAGACAGCGUCAUCAGAGUUGGAGGGGCAGGAAACAAGAUCAUUCAACUUAUAGAAGGCAAGGCAUCUGCUUAUGUAUUUGCUAGUCCUGGGUGCAAGAAAUGGGAUACAUGUGCACCUGAAGCUAUUCUGCAUGCUGUGGGAGGCAAGAUAACUGAUAUCCAUGGAAAUUCAUUUCAGUAUAACAAGGAAGUGAAACACAUGAAUUCAGCUGGGGUCCUUGCGACUUUGAGAAAUUAUGACUAUUAUGCCAGCCGUAUUCCCAACACUGUUAAACAAUCUCUUGUGCCUUAAAGCAGUAAAGCGUCUUCACUUGGCCUGGAAGGCUGGCUAAGAAAGUGAACUUGGAGAAAAAGAAAGAAAGAAAAAAAAAAAAAGGAAGAAAGAAGAUAACUGAGCUUGAAAUUUUGUUUUACAGAAUCCGAACUGAAUUCUUACAUUAAGGUGUUCAAUAAUUUCAAAAUUACAUACAGAAUCUCUAGGUGUAUGUUGGAUCAGAUUGUUUUGCUGUGUUUAGCAGACAACAUCAAAACAGUCUUCAACAAGUUGUUUUCCUUGUUCUUUGUGAGUAUUCAUUCUUCGUGAUUGUGCUAAAUAUAUUGCUAACAGUCCAAAACUCUAAAUUACAGUCCAAAAAUCAUCUUAAUAUUCAGGGCACAAAAUCAUGUUAAGUCAUUUACCUGAUCUUGCUCAAUGUUUUUUGUUGUAUGUAAUCAACAACAGUUUAUUGUGUUAAAUACAAACGGACUAAGAA